GAACAGCCAAACAGGAAGCCCGGAAUAAAAGAACAACCCUCUGUGUAGGCCAGCUCAGUCGCAAGAAGUAUUUUCGACGAACAGAAGACUUUGAAGUCCUUUCUUCAGUAACUUUCAGUUUCAAGAAGGCGAUUUUCACAGUGAUUUUCACUUUCAUUGAUUGAUUGAAUUGCUGAAAACAUGGACAUGGACACAGUUGACGCUCUCGGUGAGCCUACCGAGUCUGAUGUGGUGGAUGCUCGUGGCCAGCCAGGCGGUGGGAGUCGCGUGGGGGCGGCGGCACAGAAGGAGUCUGACUUUGUGGCCGAUAUGUAUAACAUGAAGCACAAGAACCGCGGCAUCGCUGUCAUAUUCAACAACAAAGUCUUCCACAGACGCCUACAGAUGGGCGAUCGGCAGGGCACAGAUGUAGACUGUGAGAACAUGUAUAACCUCCUCAGUACAAUGGGCUUUGAUGAUAUCAGGACUUUCCAUGACUCAACUGUUAAGGAAAUGAGACAAGAAAUGCAGCAAGUGUCAAAGGAGGACCACACCCAGAACGACUGUUUUGUUUGUGUGAUUCUGAGCCACGGGAAGGAGGGAUAUGUCUUUGGACAGGACGACAAGGUCCCCAUUGAUGAGCUGGUUUUGCCCUUCAAAGGAAACAACUGCCCAUCGUUAGGUGGAAAACCCAAGCUCUUUUUUAUACAGGCUUGUCGAGGAACUGACCUGGAUUCUGGGGUAGAGGUGAGCGACGCCGCUCCGGAUGAGGAGGAAAGCAUGGAGGAGGAGGUGGUCAUGCGGAGGAUCCCAACGGAAGCUGAUUUCCUCAUGGCUUAUUCUGUUGUUCCAGGAUAUUUUGCGUGGAGAAACUCAAGCCGUGGUUCAUGGUUUGUUCAGGCCAUCUACGACGUAUUCUCGGAGCACUGGGAGAAAAUGGAUGUCCUCUCCAUGAUGACUAGGGUCAACAAGAAAGUGGCUUAUGACUUCCCAUCCAACGCCAGCAAGGAAUUCAUGAAUCGGAAAAAACAGAUCCCAUGUAUCACUUCAAUGCUCACCAAAGAUGUCUAUUUUAAAGGAUGAGUGAAAAAUGUUUGUUAUGUGGUUUUUAUUUUAUGGUGCCUUUUAUUAUUGAUUUUGUUUGCACGAAUAGUGUGUAACUGCACUAAAACAAAAAAUUAAAAAACUGAAGUAAUUAAUGUACAUCCAUAUCAAGAAAUUAAAAUUGGGCUUGACUUCAAUGUUAAAAAGAUUUUUUCUUUUAAUUAACCAUUUCCUGUUCAUAGUCAAUGGUUGUAUGAUGUUAUGAUGUGGAUUGGCACUCAAGAAGGGGACAUGCAACCCCCCAAAAAAGUUUCAACAAAUUCUCUGCUCACAUUCUUUGCCAACAGUGGCCACCCAUUUGUUCAGUUUCUUGUGCACUAAACAUCCUUAAAGUGUUCAUAUUUCUUGCGUUUACUACAAGUAAAAGUAAAUUCUGAUGUACUUUUCAUUCUAGAAAUAGUAACAAGGCUGCAGUUUAACGUCAGUGAUGUGUAAUUGAUCAUAGUCAAAUUCACCAUUGAGGAAGUAUCACUUGAGCAACAAGGCAUGUGGCUGGAUUGAACAUUUUUUCUGGGCUUGUAUUGGCCGGCUUGAACAGGAAAGGGUUAAAAUAGAGGAAAUUGUUCGUCGCAUGCUAUUUCUUGCACUGAAAACAUCCCGAUUUUUUUUGCUCAGAAUUUGUAAGGUGCCAAGUGCAGUGAAAAGAGAAAAAAAAAUUAGAUAAAAAAAAAUAA